UUCGCAGAGUUUGCGUUUAUUGUCGGGGCUUUACGGUAAUAAAAAAAACUGCGCAUGAUAUCUGCCCACAGUUCUGACUGGCGCAGCUUUGUAUAGAAAUCGUUCAGGCCAUAUACGCUAAUAAAUUAAGACACAAGUUACCUUUUUUAAAUCUAAGUUUAGUGACUCAGUUAAGAGAAUAUCGCUGGUAAAGUGUAAUGCCCGUGUUAUAUUUCAGGUUUAUUUAGCUUUGUUCUGAAAAUUCAUUUCUGACCUUGUUGCAACGCACCAGGAGACGGGUUUCUCCGCUAGUUAGCUAGCAUAUCGUUGUUGGACGCUGUACGUUUGACUAGCAGCCGCAUUACUGCUGAUUUUUUGUUUUGCUACCUUAACCAACGAAAUAUAUAGCGAGAUGUUCGCAGUCAGAUCGGUUGCUUCCAAAUCUUACCUAUCUUUAAUAAAACAUCGAGCUCUGAGCGUGGGGUUACUGCACAGCAGUGGCAAUUGCUACGGAGCUAAAGUAGCAGUUGUGCUUUCGGGCUGCGGAGUCUACGAUGGUACGGAAAUCCACGAAGCCUCAGCGAUUCUGGUGCACCUGAGUCGGGGUGGGGCAGACACGCAGAUGUAUGCCCCUAACAUUUUCCAGAUGCACGUCAUUGACCACAGCAAGGGACAGCCUGCUGAGAAGGAGUCACGAAAUGUGUUGUCCGAGUCUGCCCGCAUUGCUCGAGGGAACAUUGCCGACCUCGCUCAGCUCAACGCCAGCAACCAUGAUGCUGUCAUAUUCCCUGGGGGAUUUGGGGCUGCCAAAAACUUGUCCACAUUUGCAGUGGACGGUAAGGACUGCAAGGUGAACCAUGAUGUGGAUCGUGUCCUGAAAGACUUCCACAAGGCAGGCAAGCCCAUCGGGCUGUGCUGCAUCUCCCCUGUGCUGGCAGCCAAGGUCCUGCCUGGGGUGGAAGUGACGGUGGGCCAUGAGGAGGAGGAGGGGGGAAAGUGGCCUUACGCUGGCACCGCCCAGGCCAUCACUGCUCUGGGGGCCAAACACUGUGUGAAAGAAGUCACCGAGGUGCACGUUGACCAGAAGAACAAGGUGGUGACAUCACCGGCCUUCAUGUGCGAAACGAAGCUGCACCUGAUCUUCGACGGAAUUGGCGCCAUGGUGAAGGAAGUGCUGAGGCUGAGUGGGAAGUGAGCUCGUGCAAGGCCAGCGUCGAAGCUCCUCUGUCACUGACGGCGAACUCCACUGCCCCCCCUCAUGUUCAGCUGAUGUGGCCGCCCUCUCCUUUUCCUCAUGAAUUGUCUUCACGCGUUUAACUUAGAGGUUAAGAUUGUACUGAUUUUUAACUGAAAAUUCAAAGCUCCAUAAAUCAAGGAAUUUUCAGGCAAAAAGAAAAUGUUUGUGCAUGCUGUCAAGCAAUGGCUUUCUUGUGGGAGAGAAUAUUGUGUAAAAUAUGUAUUUUUGCAUAGACAAUAUGACACUAAAUGCCGUGUAUACCACACAUCCACAGCACACAGGAAAAAAGUAGACUUUUUUUGUCGCAAGAUAAAAACAUUUUGGCUGGAACUUUUAAUGAUGAAUGUUUCUGGUGGUGCAGUUUUCUAUAAUGUACAGCAGGUGGUGCUCAAUCUUUUCACAUGGUUAAAUGGACAGUAAGUUUAAUGAUGCGAUAGCAGAGUAGAUGUAGCCUAUGCCUGCUGAUUAAUAAUUAUGAUCCCGACCGAUCCUACUAAUUUGUGUCAAAGCAAUGAAUGUGACUUAAAGGGAAUUGAAGACAUCAACGGUGCUCACAGGAAGAACAUACAAUUCUGAAAGCUAUGGAGUGCUGGCUGUAAACCAUGUUGUUGCCGGUUUGUGUGGUUAACUGGAAAUAGGAUGCCAGGGACUGUGGCUGGGAUUCAGUCAAAGUUUGUUUGUCCUUAGCUUUAACAAACAAAACAAAAAAAAGCAAGAAUUGAAAAAUGCUUUGAUCAGUCUUGUGAGGCUGAGGACAAAUGUUAAUUGAAUACAGGCCAUUAUGUAUUUAUGCUGGUGUUUUCAUACAGCAUGUGACAAUCAAAGUGUGCGAUCUGCUUACACAAUAAAAUGAUGAAAUGGAUGAAAGUU